CCAUGUACUUUGAAGUGGUACUGCACCGACACUUCCUUGUUAAGAGUUCUUGAAUGGAACUACCACCGCGAACUUUACAGUGGAUGUGGAUGAAGCCUUUUCGGAUGUACUCAAGACAAGUCUUCGAACGUUGUAUUGUCUGCUGUGAAAUUGGACCAUUAACUGAAAGUUUGGUUGAUUGGUUCUGUCAGUGGGCAAUUAUACCACAGGAUACAUGUACACGACAUAAUUUGAAGAGCAUUUGCAAAACCUCGAGCAUGUCUACAAGAAUGAAUAAUUUGCGUUGUGGUAUGAUACGUUCGAAACUACUUCCCGCAGAGUUUGGAAGAGUGGAACUUUGGAGGCUGUGGGAGGCUUGAAAGGAAAGAACGACAUGCUUGCUUCCGCCGACUGAGGUACUAAGUGAGAGUAGGUCCGAGUCGAAGCAUGCGUCGCGAAUUGAGAAAAUGCACGGACCUAUGGAGGAGCACCGGAAGAGAGAUGCAAACUCUAUCCGUGGACCGUGGACGCUGGACUCAGGCUGGUUCGAAAUGCGGGAUCCGCUCACACGCUCUCAAUUCGCACAUGGCCACAUUCGUACGAGCCAGCAUUGCUUUGCUGUCCUUGACUUUGCUUAGAGAGGAAGGAAAGCCGCAGAUCGGUGAUACGUCGUGGUCCACCGGCUGGCAAGAGGAAAGUUGAAGAAAACCAUCAAAUCCGAGGUGGGAAUUUAGAAGGCGGACGAUGAAGAUACGGGAUCUCACGAAUGGCGGGAGCAUAUGCAGGGGAGGCGAGCUGACAGGCCAGGUCUCACCCUGUGGCCUUCGGACGGCCUUCGCGGCGGUGGUGUGGUGCUGAUGCUGGAGCUCGCUAAAGCCUGUGGAAUAAUAUAAAGCAAGCGUAAAGGUGGUCGCCUCACAGAAGCCUCUCAGGAGCAGGGGCAGGAGCAGGAGCAGGCAGUCCUGUUGGGGCUGAGAGGUGGUGCGAUCGAGAUCCGGGACUCCAGAGUCCCUUCUGGCCAAGAAAGAAUCUUCCGUGCUGCAAGACCGAAAGACCUUUUCUCCGGACUCCGCUGUGUUGUUUGCUGCUGGCUGGUCGGCCUAUGGCGACGCUUCUCGCUUGCGUCGCCCGAGCUCGUCGUCGACCGAAAGUGAGACAAAUGUACCACAACACGUAUGGAUGCAAAAGCGAAACGGAUUUCCCGGAGCCAUGGGUCGGGCCGCCUCUCCUUCGCUUCGGGUCCUCGCAAAUCCGUCGCUCCGUGAGAAAGCUCGCGCCCCGGCAGAUUCGCUCGACUGCUUUUGCAAGUCCACUGUUUGGCUGAGUUCGGCCUCACUAACCGAGCGGCAUCUGCCGGAUUGAGACAAAUUGACGCAUCGACCGAAUAUGCAUGUGCUCAACCUGACAUUGACACUUCUCCGAGCAGCCGGAUAAGAUGAACCGAGCGAGCGCCUCCGUGAAGUUGGGAAGGGAUGUAGAAAUCGCAAGGCCCCGGGUACACCUGUCACGGCCCUGAGAACGUAUGGUGCGUCGCUCUGCCCUUUGCUGGAGAGGUAUCCCGGAUGGACGAGACUGCGAGUGACCGAGGCACGCACGCACGCACGCACACACCAUAUGAAUAGAAUAAAGUAGAUGUUGCCAAAAGAGAGGCUGGCGAUAUCGAAAGGCUCACAUCCAAGGAAAGUGCAAGUAAGCCAUUCGAGCCUAUAUUCAUCACAUGAAUGUUCUGGUGGGGAAUGGGGUGAAUUGUGAUCUCAUGCAAUUUGUGGAUCCGUGUGCUGUCCAACCAUAUGACACGGCGAAAUGAUUAAACAAUACUCGCGCUGCCUAGUUCCUUAUGUGAGCGAGGGGUCUCGAGAACAAUCAUGUCUGCUUUCGAUCGAUAUGCACUAUAAACAAUUGGCCGAGUCUCUCAGCGGUGCAUGAGAGGAAAAAGCGAGCACGAGAAUAUUGGAAGCAUGUCGUCACUACGUGGACUCAUAUGUGCACAGAAAUACAUGUCAGGAAUGUCAUGGGUUCCUUAGACUCUUGCGAUGCGCCUCUGACCGACGACAGCAUUUUCGAAGAUCGAACGACCUACGAUCUCUUGCUGAGGGCCAAGUGCCUCAGCCCUCAGCUCCCAGCCUGCCUGACUGCCAGCAGCCACCUCUCGCUCUCGACUGCGAGCUUGGGUCUUCUUCCUCUUCUUCCCGACAUCAUCGUGCUUUGCUCAUACACACGGUUCCUUUCGGGGCUGUACGUAGUCCUCACUCCUCAGAUAUCCAACCUAAUUCCUCAUUCGCUGCCUCUUUGCUUCUUUUCGUACAGUCCAGUAGAUAUUACAAUAUAGUACAGUCUUCUACGUGAUUGCAUCACAACUCCACCACCGUACAUACAGUAGAGUGUUGUCUUUGCCCUGCACCCCCCACCCCACCACAUAGCAGCCCCUUUGGAUUACCUAUGUACCAAUUGAAUGCCGGGUUUAGCGGGCAUUCAAUUGCCAAGCGGGCUGUUAGUGUCUCGAGUUGUGAUAACGACAUCCGUAAGAGAGAAGUAAGAAAUAAAAAACCAAAGGAUGAGGCCCUAGGACCCAUCAAAACACACAAUGCGAAUCAUGUAAGGGUCAGCAC